CCCGUCCUCUCUAAAAUCCGGUGAUCCGUCAUCGGACGGCCCGGCCUUUCCCGAUGGCGACAUCCGAUCGGCGUAGCUCACUCUUCUACUUUUUGCUUCUCUCUCUCUUACUUUUCCGGCAACGAAGUUUUGGUGUCCGAGUCCACGAAUGGGUCGACUCGGUGAUUCGAAUGCCGAGUCAGAAAGAAGGUGGUGAGGGAGUUGGUACCAGGUGGGCCGUUCUUGUUGCCGGUUCCUCUGGUUUUGGCAAUUACAGGCACCAGGCUGACGUUUGCCAUGCCUAUCAAUUGCUUCUAAAGGGUGGUCUUAAAGAGGAGAAUAUUGUAGUUUUCAUGCAUGAUGACAUUGCUUAUAAUGAAUUCAAUCCAAAGAAAGGAAUUAUCAUAAACCACCCACAAGGAGAAGAUGUUUACGCGGGUGUACCAAAGGACUAUACUGGGAAGCAAGUUCAUACAAAGAACUUGUAUGCAGUCCUCUUGGGAAACAAUAGUGCAGUCACUGGUGGAAGUGGCAAAGUCAUAAAUAGCAAAGCUGAGGAUAGGAUCUUUAUUUACUACUCUGAUCAUGGAGGUCCUGGUGUACUUGGAAUGCCAAAUAUGCCAUUCUUGUAUGCCAAUGAUCUCAUGGAGGUUUUGAAGAAGAAACACAAGUCUAAGGGAUACAAAGAAAUGGUAAUAUAUGUGGAAGCAUGUGAGAGUGGGAGCAUAUUUGAAGGGUUAAUGACUGAAGAUCUCAACAUAUAUGUCACCACAGCUUCAAAUGCACAAGAGAGUAGUUGGGGAACGUAUUGUCCGGGGAUGGAUCCACCACCACCUCCAGAAUUCAUGACAUGUCUAGGAGAUCUAUAUAGUGUUGCCUGGAUGGAAGACAGUGAAACGCACAAUCUAAAGGAGGAAACUAUACAAAAGCAAUAUGUGAGGGUAAAGAGUCGAACGUCGAACUACAACACAUACACUGCAGGUUCUCAUGUCAUGGAAUAUGGUGACAAAAGCAUUAAAUCUGAGAGGUUGUACCUCUACCAAGGUUUUGACCCAGCAAAUGCAAAUCUUUCUGAUAACAGCUUGCCUCUACAACCCAAUAGAAUGGACGUUGUGAACCAAAGAGAUGCCGAUCUACUCUUUCUUUGGCAGCGGUACAAGAGAUCAACCGAAGGCUCUGAGGAGAAGGUUGCGUUCAGAAACGAGAUGACAGAGAAGAUGGCUCAUAGAGAACAUUUGGACAAGAGUGUUGAUUUGAUUGGAAGGCUCUUAUUUGGUUGGGACAAGGGCUCAAAUGUUCUUGGAGCAAAGAGACCAUCAGGGAAAGCGCUUGUUGAUGACUGGAGUUGUUUGAAAUCCAUGGUUCGAGCAUUUGAAGAGAAAUGUGGACCACUCACCCAAUAUGGCAUGAAACACAUGAGAGCGUUUGCAAACAUUUGCAAUGAAGGCAUCUCUUUGGAGGUGAUGAGCAAGGCCUGUGAGGAGGUAUGUGGAAGAACCUAUAAACAUGGGAUUUUGAAUGUGGCUUCUCAUCAUGGUUUUAGUGGCUAGAUGUAUUUUGAUCACAAAGUGACCCACGAGUUGUUUGCAUGUGAUGCUAAAGAUAUCAAGGAAGCAACAGGCUCGGAAGUACUAAAGCACGGUUUACCAUGUAUAAAUGCCUUGUGUCUUUAAUAAAGCAAUGCCUCUUAUUUGUUAGUGAAAGUCUAGAGAAAUGAAACGGGACAUUUUUCAUGAAAAAUAUAUAAUAAAAUUAUCAAGUCAAUGGUAUGUA